AUGGCCCUGGACAGCGUGCUGAAAGUCUUUGUGAGGACGUCCCAGUGCAAUCCCGACGCGGAGUUCAGCAAAGUCCGGGUGCGCCUCCUACAGGCGUGCUUGCGCUUCUUGAAGACGGCUGGCCAGAACCUACAAGAUUGGCGGCAGCACCAUUUGCGCAACAAGAACACGGCCAUCUCCAUUUUGACGGCGCUCCAGUGGGAGGACAAGCUGGCUUUGGAGAACGUGCCGGAUAUCAGUACUGAGCGUACCUGGACAGGCCGCUCUGUCGAGACCCUCUUGCAGUGCUUCUCCGGUUUGGAGCGCGUCAGAGCACGUUACAAGGUGGGUUUUCGCAUCCUCUGCCGCAUGGCCGACGUUUUGGAUGGUCAUUCUGAUUUCUUGGAGUCUUCCGAAGAUGAGGAGGGCCAGCUUCAACGGCUCCUGGAGGAAGAGGCCCAGAUUUGGGAUGAG